CAUAUCGAUAUUCGAUCAAUUGUUCAUUCAAGAGAAAUAUACAGCUACAAGUCAGCUGUUAUUCUAGAGGGAGUUCGGAAUGCAACACGUGCUUGUUAGUGCAUGCAUACAUAUUUUUGAAUAACAUCAAAAAUGAGUAUUAAAGAAGCAUUUGAAGUGGAAUGCAAGCAUGGAGCAUUUUAUACCAGUGGCGAUGUACAAUGGAGUGCAGAUGCAGAGUAUUUAUUCUGCCAGAAAGGAAGCACCAUUUCAAUAUUGUCUGUGAACACAAGCUCUGUGAUAUCGUCAUUGGGUGAAGUAGGAGCUAAUCAACAGGAGGAUACAAUAAAUUGUUUUGCUCUUGGUAACGAUGACACAAGCUUAGUCACUCAUCACAAAAGUGGACUGUUUAAAUUAUGGGAUUGGAAAACUAAUAAAUUGACAAAAUUAUGGAAAUCUCUCCAUAAAGGACCUGUAACACAAAUAAUUUUCUCAAAUGAUAAUGCCUUAAUGGCAUCUGGUGGAAGUGAUAGUGCUGUCAGAUUGUGGAAUUUGCAACAUCAUGCUUGCACACAUCAUUUUAAAGGACUGCAAGGAGUAACUAGUGUAUUGGAAUUUCAUCCAGAUGUUACAAAACAACUUCUUUUUGGCGCUGGUGACAGUAAAGGGAUUAUUCAUGCUUGGGAUAUCAAUACUGGACAGCAAAAGAUGUAUUUAUCUGAACAUUUUAGUAAAGUUACGUCUCUUAGUUUCCACGAAAAUGGAAAAUAUUUAGUUAGUUCUGGAAGAGAUAAAGUACUGAUCUUGUGGGACAUAUCAUCUGGAACCUCAAUACGCGUUUUACCAGUAUAUGAAGUAAUAGAAGGAGCAUUUAUAAUACCACACAAGUCUUUGCCAGGAUUUAUUAAGUUACAUAAAAGCGACAAUAUAUACGUUGCUUCGGCUGGUGAGAAAGGAGUUGUUAAAAUCUGGGAAAUGACGGCAGGCAAGUUGAUUUAUACGCAAGAUAACUCUUUAGUAUCACCAGCUAAAGAACAAGGGAGUUUAUCGAUUACCCAUUUACUUUACAACAGCACCCAUAAUAUUUUUGCUGUGGUAUCUGUCGAUCAUAAUAUUAUCAUCCAUUCAUUGGAUUUGUUCGAAUGCAAGAAGCAGUUGACAGGUUACAGCGACGAAAUUCUAGACAUUGUGUAUCUUGGAGCUAAUGACAGUCACAUCGCGCUCGCGACUAACAGUUGCGAUAUAAAACUUUACGAUAUUGCAUCUAUGAAUUGUCAAUUAUUAUGUGGGCAUAGUGAUAGCGUUUUGGCCUUAGCUACGACUCCGGCGAAUGUAAAUUUGCUCAUAUCUUCAGCUAAGGAUAAUAGUGUUCGUGUAUGGCUAUUUGAUAAAGAGACAACAAGAAUGUCUUGCAUUGGACAUGCCAUUAGGCAUACAGCAUCAAUCAGUUCUGUUGCUAUAUCUCAAAUAUCGACUAAAUUCUUUACAACUGUUGCUCAAGAUUCAUGCCUAAAGCUAUGGGAAUUACCCAACAAUCUUGAAUCACAUGAGCAAGAUUUGUCAUUAAACACGAGCCACACGAUAUUGGCACAUCAAAAAGAGAUGAAUUGCGUAACCAUUUCGCCGAAUGAUAAACUGAUUGCUACAGCGUCACAAGAUAAGACUGCUAAGCUAUGGUCUGCUGAGGAUUUGCAAUUGCUCGGGGUGUUUCAUGGUCAUCGAAGAGGCGUAUGGUGCGUUCGGUUCUCGCCAGUUGAUCAAGUACUCUUAACAACAUCCGCCGAUUGUACAAUGAAAUUAUGGUCCUUGACAGAACUCAAUUGUCUGAAGACCUUUGAAGGGCACGAAUCCUCUGUCUUAAGAGGAGAGUUUCUGUCGCACGGUAUGCAGCUAAUUACGUCAGGCGGAGACGGUCUUUUGAAAUUAUGGAAUAUCAAAACGUCCGAGUGCGUGUCUACUUUAGACCAACACGAGAGUCACGUUUGGACCCUUGUGGUUGCUAAAGAUGAAAAACACAUCAUCAGUGGAGGUAGCGACUCAUUGCUAGUUAUUUGGAGGGAUGUAACUGAAGAGAGGAAAGCGCGAGUUGCACAGGAACAAGAACGGCUCGUGUUUGAGGAGCAAAAGUUGGCCAAUUUACUGAAGGCUGAAGAGCUUCAAGCUGCGCUGCGAUUGGCUCUAAAAAUGGAACGACCGUUCCAAGUUCUUAAAAUUAUAGAAGCUAUAAUGCAGAAACGAAAUAAUGAGCUUGCAGAAAUAAUAAGGAACUUAAAACCAGCUCGUAAGGAAGCAUUACUCAGAUGCGCAAUUACGUGGAAUACAAACAGCCGGAAUUCACAUGCUGCUCAGAUAGUUAUAAAUGUCCUAAUGGCAGAAAUCGGGACUCAGGAACUACAGAUACCAGGUUUAUCUUCCACUCUAGAAACUAUGAUACCUUAUACUGAUAGACACUUUAAAAGAUUAACAAAACUUUUGCAAGACCUUCAUUUAUUAACAUAUACUGUUAAUCGUAUGAAACCUGAUAUUAUAUCAAUUGAUAUUAAAUAAGUUAUGUAUACAUAUAUUAUGUAUGUUGUAUAUUUUAUAUAUAUACAUAUAUAUAAUAUUAUGUAAGUAUAU